AGCAGCCUGGAGAAAAUGAGGGCCGCCUAUGCUAACUUUCUCUCAGAUUCCUACUGCACAGGGAUCGGAAUGGACUUGAAAAUUAGCAAAACUCCCAGCAAAGCUAACUGUGACAGCACCAAUGUUAGCACCAAGAGUGAAUUUGACUGGCAUCAGGAUGCACUAUCCAAAACCUUCCAGCAAACACACUCCCCAAAGCCUGUGUCCAAACCCAACCUCUUCAGCUCGGUCCACCUCUACAGACAAAGCAGCAAAGCAGGUGGGACAGUAUUUACAGGGGCCAGCCGAUUCAAGUGUAAGGACUGCAGUGCAGCCUAUGACAGUAUUGUGGAUUUGACAGUGCACAUGAACAAGAGUGGACAUUACCAGGACAACAAUCAUGGCAAACCAAGCAAUGCCUCCACAUCCUCUUCCAAAUCAAGGAAACGAAAUUUGCAAGACAUGGAAGGGAAAGAGGAUGCACAGAAAGUUCUGAAGUGUAUGUUCUGUGGCCAUUCUUUUGAGUCCCUCCAGGACUUGAGUGUCCAUAUGAUAAAAACUAAGCAUUACCAAAAAGUACCUUUGAAAGAACCUAUCCCAGUACUCUCACCUAGAUUACUGCCACCAGCAAAGAAACGGACCUAUGAGGCCAACAGACCUUGUUCUCCUGAUUCUACCACAGGGUUAGCUGGCUACAGCGAGGCCCAACGGUCCGCUGCUAUUUCAAAUGCUAACAGUAAUCGCUAUGGUUAUCAGAAUGGGGCUAGCUACACUUGGCAGUUUGAGACAUGCAAAUCUCAGAUUCUAAAAUGCAUGGAGUGUGGAAGCUCACACGAUACCCUGCAACAACUCACCACUCAUAUGAUGGUCACUGGACAUUUCAUGAAAGUUACAAACUCAGCCUCUAAGAAAGGGAAACAGUUAGCUCUGGAUCCCUUGGUUAUAGAAAAGAUGCAGGUAUUAGCUGAGCCGCUUGCUAACAAAACUGAUGGCGAUAAAGUGUCUCCAAAAACAUAUUCCCCAGGGGGCAGUGAGAAAGAUAGCCAGAGGGAAGGCACAUUGGACAAAAUGGAAGAAAGUGAAGUGAAAGAUGACAAGGCAGACAGUGAGGAUCAAAAGGCAGGGAACAGGGUGAUUAAAUAUCGAUAUCUUCGUGAGGAGGAUCUGGAGCAGCAGGGAUUGUCAGGUGGUGGAGGGGAUAUCCUCAAGUCUUUAGCCAACACGGUCGCCUCUGCAAUCAACAAGGCUCAGACUGGGACCCCCAGCUGGAGUGCCUACCCCAGUAUCCACGCUUCCUAUCAACUCUCUGGGAUCAUCAAGAGCAGCACUCAUCUCUCAGCGUCUCCCCCCAUUCAGGUAAAGCACACAUUCAACCACAAGCUGAGACCGAUCGCCCCAAAGGGGAAGUUUCUUCAGGGUGCUGGGGGAGUUGACACUCCACAGCAACAGUAUCGAAAAGCGGACACCAAGAAAGAAAAGGUUGGCAUUAGCGAUGGUAAAGAACGUCUGAAUAUUAAGUUUGAUCUGGUGGAGAAUAAUGACAGCGAUUGUCAGGAUGAUUCCUCUACCUCUUCAAAGCUCGACGCAGACUGUCUGAAUGAAGGGAGUGAUGUGAUCAAAGGGAAGUGGAGCCCAGAUUUCUCAGACAGAGGCAAGACACCAAGCCCUCCUGCCACCGGUGGACGAAGCACUACUUCAGAGCUUGUCAAUGACACCCCGGAAAUACUCGGCAUAAACCCUCUAAGUGCACUGCAAUCAGUUCUGAACAGCCAUUUGGGUAAAGCAAAUAAGCCCACCAAUUCAAGAUCUGAAAAUAGUAAACUAUCUGCUCGCUCUCAAUCUAUAUUAGCUGAACUCAACCAGAGUAUGGAGAAACCAGCAGUGGUGCAUGCUACCCCUGCUAGGAACAGCGUUAACAUUGCCUUCCUGUUUGCUAGCAAUGAUCAGCCAAUAGACCUGACAAAAUAUAAACCUAACAAGCCAAGUUUCUCCCAUCUACAACCCUUUGCCCCAAUGCCACAGAAACACGCUCUGUCUGACAUUGCUGACAUGGUCAAGGUUCUUCCUAAAGCCACCACACCAAAAGCCUCUAUGCCAUCAAGGAUACCCACCAUGAAACUGGAAUCAGACGUGAGAUGCUCUGAGGACGUGUCGGCUGAGGUAUACUCGGUUCACAAGCGCAAGGGAAGGCAUUCGAACUGGAACCCCCGACAUCUUAUCAUCCUCCAAGCCCAGUUCGCCUCCAGCCUCUUUCUGACUUCUGAGGGCAAGUACUUACUCUCAGAUCUUGGUCCUCAGGAACGAAUGCACAUCUCUAAGUUUACUGGACUGUCCAUGACAACCAUCAGCCACUGGUUGGCCAAUGUGAAAUACCAACUUAGGAAAACAGGGGGGACCAAGUUUCUGAAGAGCAUGGACACUGGCCAUCCGAUCUUCUACUGCAAUGACUGUGCUUCCCAGUUCAGGACACCACCAGCCUUCAUCUCCCACCUGGAAUCACACCUAGGGUUCCAAAUCAAAGAUAUGCGCAAAUUGCCUAUUGAGCAUCAGACGAAGGUAGAGGAGCCAGAACUGUCAAAGGCUCUCAGUGUCCGUGCGACAGAGACGCUAGUCACAGAGGAGGAUGUUGACACUAAGUUCAAAUGUAAGCUGUGUUGUAGGACAUUUGCUAGUAACCAUGCAGUUAAACUCCACUUGAGUAAAACUCACAGCAAAUCACCUGAUAACCAUUCACAAUAUGUGGAAAUGGAUAAAGAGUAGGAGU